AUGCAGGGCGAAACGGAUUCUGGUAGCGCGGGAGACGUAGAAAUAAUAGCCACGCAGCCGACAAGCCUGCGUCAAAGGCUGGACUCCGGGAUGAAGAGAGCAGGCGCUACUUCCACUGCGGGAGCUGGACGAAGUAGAAACUUUGGGAAAGAUGAAAUCGAAUAUGAGGAAGCCGAAGUCGAUGGUUCAUCUGACGAGUCUCCUUCUUCUAGUACUUCGCCUGCUCCUUCAUCGCGGAGCAGCGAAGAGUUUCUGAAGUAUUUCGAACUUCGUCUGUCGGCGGGCUCGGCCACGAGGAGCACGCGUAGUGUGGGCACCACUUCAUCUCCCUCGGACGAUACAGUCGCAAAGUCUGGUAGUCCUCAGAGUGUCGCUGUUGGGCCUGAAAGUGAGGCUGUGAGAACUACUACAGGUGAAGGCGACUGGACGAGUGGUCGUGUUGCUCUGCAAGAAGCGUCCACACAGACCAGUCCCUACCUUUCGACAGCCCCGGACGACACAUUGCCUUUUCAAAGUACACUCACAGCAUCGGACGAUUUUUACGCGUCGACGUUUGUCAUGUAUGCUGCCAUCGCAAAUGUGACCGCGAAAUGGGACGCACUGGACUCCAUUCAGGGGGACAGCACUCUGAGCGGGCACGAAGAAGAUGGCGCACUGGAAGAACCCAACGGUUCAUCUUCAACCAUUUCUACAACUACGGGUUCGACUUUCUUGACGCAAUCAGAGCUCCGGCCGCAACUGGUGGCAACGGGGGGUUCAUACGAUCCAGCUGUUUUCCAGGUCUCCCGUCAUACAGCUGCGUCUUUGGCUGGCAUCUCUUUACAAAGCGCCGACUUGCUCUCCUCAUGGUCGACUUCUAGGAUUGCCGAUCGUGUAAUCUACGAACGGCGCACGGGGGCUUCGUUUGAUCGUGCGGUGAGCAGCAGCGCGCCGCUGGCGGUGGCUGAUUUCGAAUUUCUGCUCGCAAGGCUGGUUCCGGACUUUCCCGCGGAGGGGCGAUUCGCGAAGCCGCAAAAAGUUCUGCUCUUGCUGCACAACGUAGAAAUGUACACGUCUGGCAUGUAUCUUCUACAGCCGUCAGUUUCUGCGUCGAGUCGUCCACAGCUGGAGUUGGUCGCGCCGAUGCACCAAAACCAAACCCGCAUCCUGGGGCAAAACGCUGCCUGUGGCCAGACGCUUGGUGGCAACGGAUUCCUCGCUUUGGCGGUGCUUAGUCAAUUCAAGUCGCACGAAAUCGAAGAUGAAGCAGCAGUGGCGCAUCAUGAUGGAGGAGACCACCAGAAAGAAACUCGACCGGCCGCGGCCUGGUCCUCCCAGACAGAUUAUAGGACAGAACACUUACAGGCGGGUCGUUUGGUGCAUAGAUUGUAUGUCGCCACUGAAUAUCUGCGAAUACGAAAGGAUGAACAUGAAACUGGUGGCGCUACAGCCUCUGAGAGCAAGACUGAAGCCGAGGAAGCUGCUAUUUCCUCGCCGUGGGAGUUGCGUGCGUCAGGAAUGGGAUGUUUUGUGGACGCUUACUUUUCGGAGGUCCUACUUGCCGGCUGGGCUGCAGCGGAUAUGAAGCCACUUUACAUGGCAGCGGUAGGACCGUCUCCGGUUGUGCCGCGGGUAGUAUCUUGACGCGAGUACGUACUAUGACCACAACGCACGGAGCGCUGUGAUCUUCAGCCAUUUUCUUCGUACAUACAGUCCCCCCGUGAGCAGCUCGCUGCACUGGUUUUGCGAGAAAGCGCGACUUGCGACUGUACAUCGAUACGUCAACCGAAGAAGGCGCACCUAGAAAUCGCUUCGCUCCGCGCGGGGUGGAACGCAAAUUUAGGCCUCGCUUCCCCCGGUUCUUUAUCGAACCAGCGCGCCAGAAAGGCAAAACCAAAUGAAAACUAUCAGCGUUCAUAUUUGUGUUUUUUUCGACAUUGAGUCGUGAAU